GUGGCAAUUGGCACUCCGCAUCUCGACAUUGGAUUCUCGCUGCUUGACUCAACGGAUCGAUCAAUCGAUGCACGAAAGCAAAUCCUUGCAUUGAGUCAGACAUGUCGUUCGUUCCACAACACGAGCUGUUGUUCCGGCCUAUUGCGUGUACCAGAAGACAUGCUUCUUGUAUUGGCAAGGCAGUGCAGCGAGCUCUAGGGUGGAUCGCCAUUGGCGGUCAGAAGUUAUUCAGUUGGACACUGCCUCGUGCAUUGUUGGCCUCGACAGGACCGGUCGCACUGAAUCCGUCGGUCCAAUGCUCUGUGAAGAUCAGCACAACAACACUCGUCUCAACGUCGUGUUACCUACGUUUGAGCAACAUGAUGAACAUCAAAGGACGUCAAUGUUCAAUCAGGAAUCGACCUACUGUACGGAACCUUGCGCAUCGUAAACCCUUGACCUGCUUGUAAAAAGGAUUCUUUUCGGUUUGGUAAUGCGUUCGCAAGUUUUCAGUACAAGGUUGACGGAAAGCAAGGUAGACCCUCGUCCCCCUUUCCAAAAACCGCUCCAACGAGGAGC